AUGGGUUACGCGAAAAUCAUAUACAAGGAUGAAUAUUUUGUCGAGAAAAUUGUCUCACAUCGAGCUGGACCGAAUGGGGAAUAUCAGUAUUUUUUAAAGUGGUUGGGUUAUCCCGACGAGGAUAACACGUGGGAAGACGAAUGUAACAUCUUCGCGCAGGAUUUGCUUUAUGAAUACUGGGAUCAGCAUGGCGGCAGGCCCGGUUCUUCGGGUCGCACAUAUCCACCCGUUAAUGAAAUUGACAGAUGUCAAGAAGACGCGUAUGAUCGCAAUAUCGGUUCAAGAAAACACCGGCGAAACGGAAAUAUUAAUGGUGAUUCGAGAGAUCGAGGCUUUGUUCACCGUGACGAUCAAAGGAAACGUAAAAGGCAUCAAGAUCGCGAUAGUGAUAUUAUCGUAAAGGGUACAAAUGGAACUUUCAAAAACCAUGAUAGAUCCAACAGUCAUCAUGGGAAUCUAAUAUCAUGUAACAAUAUAAGAAGCGCGAAUAAUGCAAAGAGCAAGAAGGAUCGAAUCAAGAUUUUGAACACGUGCAGUGGGAAUAGCCACUCACGGUUUGAUAAGACCAGUUUCGACGAGAAACUGGACAAAAGCAAUAAUGACUUUAUGGAGAUUGACUCCGACGAAGUUGUUGAAGAAGGCAGUAGGGAACCUCGAAACUGUCUUGGAAAUCACGACUCCGAAUUUCAAAGAGUCAACAUCCGACAAACCCCAAAGGACUUGGCCAAUGACGAUAGUGACAAUACCACCGGAAACACCGACAGCAGCAACGAUUCUGACGGUGAUGCCGGAGGUGAAAGAAAAAAUGGAACUUCCGAGAAAGCGUCAAAAGAAAACUCGGAAGUAAUUGCGCAGAUUGAAGAAACGAUGAAGAUACUUUGGGACUCUGUUAGGCUUAGCAGUAGUUCGUCAAGUGAUGACGAGGAGGACGAAAGUUAUGAGCUGACCAGCAAACGGGAUAAGGAAGACACUUGGGAGAAGAAUAUCCGAAGUAUCGACUUUAUCGAAAAGAAUGUGGAAUUAAACAAAACAUUGGUCUGUAUCACUUGGAAGAACGGCGAAAAAUCAGCACACGAUUCUAAACUCGCGAACAAAAAAUGCCCUCAAAAACCUUGGGUUUUCGAAUUGUCAAAAGAAAGAGAUGAUGAUGUUACGACAUUAGAAUUGGAGUAUGAAGGGAAUGCAUUGACACUUUUAAAGUAUGAUGUACAUGUAUUUUCCCUGUUUAUUGCAAUCAAACAAUACUCAGCCGAGAAGGCGAAGCGACUCACGAGGAAAAUUGAAAAUUCGUCCGGACGUCUCACGAAUGUCAAAUUCAGGGACUCAACGCGUCCUAUAGUGGACAAGUGUGUACACCAAAACAACAUCGCUCACGAUCCCUGA